GAUCUGUUCUUCCCCAUGCCCACCUUUCUCUUUCUCCUUAUUUUGAUUUAAUACCCAAGCAUAAUUUCCCCUCCGACCAAGAAGUUGCAGGAUAUUCUUUCUCAAUAUUCACUAGUUGGCCCCGAUAAUUUGGAGAAUUUGGUGUUGCUGCAGAUGAUGAGGUGCCGGAACUCGUGGCUGGCCAAACCUUUGAAGCAGCCGAUGCAGAGGAGUGUCACACUUCCUAAAAUUUUAAUUGAAUUUUGUAUCAACCCCUUCUCCAUCUCAACGUUUUGAGAUCCGUUUAUUUUCCAUGUGGCCAUAAUAAAUGACUGGAGCCUAUGUGAUUUAAUUUCUUGACGUGGCGUCCAGUAGGAAAUUAUAUUACACGACACGGAUAACAUUGUGUCAUAAGCGUUUAUUAAAAUGGUAAAUCGUUAAAUUUGGGGAUCGGCUUUGGACAAGUAUAAGGGUCCUUUAGCCCUUCAGUCCUUUUUAAACCCCCUUCAAAUCGAGUAGCUUUUCAAUUUCAUCACUCAUUUCUCACCCCUUCAUUCUUUUCUCCGUCCUUGACCCCCGCGUCUCUUUUUAAGUCUUUUCAAAUCUUCGUUAGUAGUAUUAUUUUCUCCGGAAAAUCCGUUCAGUUUUCUGGGGAAAAUCUCAUUCUUUUCUUCACUCAUUUCCUAGAUUUAAGCAGCUGAAAACAAUUGCUUUUUCCAUUUUUGGGAUUUUCAUUUCCGAAUUCUGAGCUUCAACGCUCGUGAAUUUAAUUAAUCAAGCUCCUUUUUGGUCAGCUGAGAUUUUUUUUGCGACCAUUCUUUCCUAGAUUCAAGCUGCCCCAAAAAUCUGGCGCUUCCCAUUUCCUAGGAUUUAUUUCCUUAAUUACUCCGUCAAAUUUUCUUCAAUUUUUUUAAUAAAAAACUCUUGUUGUUGUGUAAACUCUGAGAUUUUUGAUUGAAAUAAUCAUUUGGAGUAGAAGAGAUGACGAUCGUUUCAUUACCAGGAAGUUCAGGGUACUUGGAUGUUAGUAAUAGGAAAGUAGUGUCUUACUUCAGCAAUCCUUAUGUCUUGGGUUUGACUUUUGUUGCCGGUAUUGGAGGUCUCCUUUUCGGCUACGACACAGGAGUAAUAUCUGGUGCACUUUUGUACAUCAAGGAUGAAUUUCCCGAAGUCAAUCAAAGCAGUUUCCUACAGGAAACUAUUGUCAGUAUGGCGUUGGUUGGGGCUAUGAUUGGAGCUGCCGCUGGGGGCUGGAUUAAUGACUCUUAUGGACGCAAGAGAGCUACUUUAUCUGCUGAUGUUGUUUUCAUCCUAGGAUCUUUGGUAAUGGCAGCAGCUCUGGAUCCAUACAUUCUUAUACUUGGACGACUUUUAGUAGGUCUUGGUGUUGGGGUUGCUUCUGUUACUGCUCCUGUGUACAUUGCUGAAGCAUCUCCAUCAGAAAUCCGUGGGGGGCUUGUGAGCACAAAUGUAUUAAUGAUUACGGGUGGACAAUUUCUUUCCUACCUUGUAAAUCUUGCUUUCACAGAGAUUCCAGGGACUUGGAGAUGGAUGCUUGGAGUGGCGGGAGUGCCUGCUGCUAUUCAAUUCGCCCUCAUGCUGUUUUUACCUGAGUCUCCACGAUGGCUUUACAUGAAGAAGGAUAAAGCUGAAGCUGUCGCUGUUCUAGCUAAGAUUUAUGAUCCUUAUCGGUUGGAGGAGGAGAUUGAUCAGCUUGCUACUGCAUUAGAGGAAGAACGCCUUAGAAAGCAAGCUGUCAGUUACCUGGAUGUAUUUAGGAAGAAAGAGAUCAGACUUGCAUUCUUCGCAGGAGCUGGGCUGCAGACAUUUCAGCAGUUCGCAGGCAUCAACACCGUGAUGUACUACAGUCCAACAAUUGUGCAGAUGGCUGGCUUUAAAUCUAAUCAAUUGGCGUUGCUCCUGUCUCUCAUUGUCGCUUUAACGAAUGCCAUGGGUACUAUAGUGGGAAUUUACCUCAUUGAUCACUUUGGACGCAAAAAAUUGGCUUUGACAAGCUUAUCCGGUGUGAUUGUGUCCUUAAUUUUCCUUGCUGUAGCAUUCAUCCUGGAGUCUUCUACUUCUAAUUCUAUCAAUGUCGGGGGAUAUGGCUGGAUUGCUGUAAUAGGUUUGGCCCUCUAUAUUGCUUUCUUUGCACCUGGUAUGGGUCCUGUGCCAUGGACAGUGAACUCUGAAAUAUACCCAGAGUCCUAUAGAGGAAUGUGUGGUGGUAUGUCUGCUACUGUCAACUGGAUAUCCAAUCUUAUAGUGGCACAGAGUUUCCUUUCCUUGGUCGAGGCUGUGGGCACGGGUGCUACUUUCUUGAUACUAGCUGGUAUAGCAGUGAUGGCAUUUGUGUUUGUCGUGGUGUUCGUGCCAGAGACCAAGGGUUUGUCAUUUGAGGAAAUGGAGAGGAUAUGGAAGGAGAAAGCUUGGGGCAGUGGAUCUGGCAAAGAUGCACUUCUUGAGGCAAGAAGCUGAUUAGUGUCUUUCAGCGGCUUCAUGAUCAGUUGGUGCAGUGUAGCAGUUUGUAAAUUAUAUAAAAUAUAUACUUUGGUAAUGUCAAUGUAAUGUGGACAAGGGGCUUGCAACUGCGUUAUUAAAGCUUUGGUUAUAAGCUCCAAUCCCUAUGACAGGGAGGAAUAUCCUCCAGUACUAUUGAGCUUUUUAUCUUUUGUAAGUGUCAGUUACUUCAGGAAAUAUGUGAAGAGUUCUGUUGGUUACGAGACCAGAGAAUUCCAGUAAAUUGUUUCCCUUUUUGUAUAGUAAAGAUCUUCAAGUAGAGCAUCCGAUUUCUGAA